AUGUUUGAAAAGUGCAUUUUGGACAAUCUGGAUGAUUUGAAUGAGAAAUGGAUCGAAAAGCGGUUGUUGGACGGGUGUAACUGCACAAUAAUACGAGACAUAAAUCUGUUGAUGACACUGCAUUGUGAAUCGUUCCCAUUUGAGCACGGAGUUGCAGUUCAAGUUUUUUAUUUCUUCAUAUUCACCGCUAUUAUCGUGCUCGCUUUAUGCGGCAAUUUCACUGUGUUAUGGAUUGUGUUGUGUCAUGAACGAAUGCGCACAGUGACGAAUUAUUAUCUGCUGAAUUUGGCCAUAUCGGAUGCUACCAUAUCCAUAUUCAAUACGGGCUUUUCAUGGUCCUACAAUUUUUACUAUGUAUGGAAAUUCGGUUCAACUUACUGUGCAAUUAGUAACAUGAUGGGUAUUGCACCGAUAUGUUCGAGCGUUUUCACGAUGAUUGUUAUGAGCAUUGAUAGAUAUAUGGCGAUUGUGCAUCCGUUAAAGCGUCGUUUAGGGCAUCGUGCAACUGUAACGGCUAUUAUUUGCAUAUGGUUUCUGGCGUUUCUGUGUGGUUUGCCGGCUAUAUUAGCAUCGAAACAAGAGGUUAACUUUUUUAUUGGUGAAGAUGGGCAGGUAUUCGUUGAUCCAGUUUGCUUGGCUGAUAACUUUCCAGAUGGUAACGCUCUCACGAGUCAAAUGUUCAAAAUGUUAGUUCUAAUGCCUCAAUAA